AUGGAUUCAGAAAAAGAGCUUCUGGAUGGGGAAGGGAGAGUGGCUGUUCAGGACUUACCAGUGUGGGACGGGCCGGCCUAUUUGCCGAUUGCUGCCAACCUAGCAGCUCUGGAGUGGUGGAGAGGGCUCUUCCAACUAUUGGAAGACCGUCUUAAAGAACAGGAGUCUAGGGCGUGUGACCUGGAAACAGCAGCCUGCGAGGAUCGUGCUGCGCCCAACUGCGCAGUUUACUUGAUGGCCCUUUUGUGGAUCCGCAGCGCUGCUUGUCCGACCGGAACAGGCCCUCAGCAACCGUUCGCCAAACAAAAGAGUGGAAGUCCCAGUACCUGCCAUUUUCUUACCACGAAAGAUAGCAGGAAAGGCAAAGCAGCCAGUGACCACGCCAGCCCGUUCGUAGGCUCAUCAGACCGGCUCUCGGGACAAAAGGACCCGCUUCCUGUUUACCAGCCGGCCGGGCACAAAGCGGCUGUGCUUCCCGGCCGCGCGGGCUUGGCAGGCAGGCGGGGCCCUGUCCGGAGAGCCGGGGGCGCUGAAUGCUUGCUCUGUGCUCCGCGGCGCCCCCGCGGCCUGGGGCCUGGAUGCGGGCCACUCUCGGGAGGGCGCCCCCGGUUUGCUCCCGGACCGGCCCGGCUUUCUGAAAGGACGCAAGCGGGCACGGUGGCCUCGCCGCCUCGCUUUCUUUUCAGCUUUCCUUUCUCCACGGGCCCCCACCCAGGCGAAGGCCCUUGGCAUAAACCUGAAUGUAACAAUAAACCCGUGUCUUUUGUUUUCGCGUCUCCAGGAAGCAGCAUGCCGUGGGCGUUCGGCCGCCUGGUGCUGUCCUCGGGCGCGCUGGCCGGCGGCAGCUGUGCGCUCGUCUAUUACCUGACGCAGAAGGCCUUCUCCAAGGCUUCCUAUUACCAGCUGGCCCUGGAGCAGCUGCACAGCCACCCUGAGGCCCUGGAAGCCCUGGGCGCCCCUCUCAGCGCGCACCACCUCCAGCUCUCCGACAGGGACAACUUCGUGGACAUCGCCAGCGCCCGGCUGAAGAUUCCGGUCUCUGGCUCCAAGUCCCAGGGUCUUCUCCACGUCCACUCAUCCCGAGACGGCCCCUUUCAGAGAUGGCGCCUUCAGGAGGUCGUCUUAAAGCUUCAGGAUGGUCAGCAGAUUCCCGUGUUCAAGCUCAGUGAGAACCCGGGUCAUGAAGUAGAAAACAAGUAGAAAUGAUUGAAAAGACUGGGCUCCCUCCAGACACGGUCUUACCUCAUCACCGCGUGCCCUCGUGGCUGCGAGCCAGGCGUCCCGCCGCCGGGGUGCUUGUGUGCGCCGGCAUGUGGGGAUUCUAAUUCGACCACAAGUAUUGUGGAUUUUUUAAUUUAGUUAGAAACGGAAAUUGUACUCUAAAUAUGUAAGAGUCUGUUUGAAAGUUUGCGGUCUAAAAACAAAGUACAGAAUGCCAGCAAUCGGUACUAAUAAGAUGUUAAUUUCGGCUA